AUCCAGCAGCACAAAUUUUUGAUGCUUUGAUCUUCAUAUCACUCUUCCAUGGCUAGCACAUCAUGGUUGGUUGAUAGUAACAGAAUUGCAACUAAGAUUAGGAGUGCAUCUGGUGCAUGUGAUCCAGAAAAUGUCAAUUGGAAAAGCAACCCCACAAAAGCUUGUCCAAAUUGCCAAUAUGUUAUCGAUAAUAGCGAUGUUGUUAAGGAAUGGCCAGGCUUACCCAGAGGGGUGAAAUUUGAUCCAUCAGAUCAAGAGAUUAUAUUUCAUUUACUUGCAAAAGUUGGUGUUGGGAAUUCGAAACCGCACCCUUUUAUCAAUGAGUUCAUUCCAAUUGUCGAUGAAGAUGAUGGCAUUUGUUAUACCCAUCCUCAAAAUUUACCAGGUGUCAAGCAGGACGGAAGUGUUUCACACUUCUUUCACAGAGCAAUCAAAGCUUAUAAUACUGGAUGUGGACAUCAUGUUUUAGCAUCAUGA